AUGGGGAAAGGUUUCAAUAAUUACAUGUGUAAAAAGUUCUUUCAUCCAGCGUCAAGAGAUAAUUUAAAACGAGUAUGGAUGGCCGAACAAAAAUCGGAUAAGGAUAAAAAACGUCAAGAAGAACUACGUUUACAAUAUGAAAAAGAACAAGAUCUUUACAAUAACAAGGCAUUGUUGUCAAAAGAAAGCAAAGAUAAGUUGAGUGUAAAUUUUAUGUAUGAACCACCACCGGGUGCCAAAAAAGAAAGGGAACGUGAAGAUAAUGAGCCAGAAUAUAAAUUUGAAUGGCAAAGAAAAUUUAAUGCCCCCAGAGAAGAUUAUUGCAAAGGAGAUCAAGAAAUUCGUGACCAGCCAUUUGGUAUUCAAGUAAGGAAUGUUAGAUGUAUAAAAUGCCACAAAUGGGGUCAUAUUAAUACUGACAAAGAAUGCUCCUUAUUCAACCAAGCAAGCAUUUCUGAAGCUGUAACAAGUAAUGCAACAAAUGGUUCUAGUGCCAAUAAAAAAACACAAGAAUUAAUAAAACAAAUGCGAGAAGAUGGUUUGGAAUUGAAAAAAAGUGCUGCUUCUACCCAACAACAAAUAUCAUUUAAUAACAAUGAGGAUAGCGAUACAGAGCUCUUUAUGUAUGUUAGAACAUUAAGUAGAAAGAAAAAAAUGAAAUUACUCAAACGUUUGGAUAGAAUGGACAAAAUUAUGAUGAGAGAACAAAGGUUGAUAUCAAAAAAAGAAAAGCUUUCUAAGAAACAAAAAAAAAAUAAAGAAGAAAACAGUGACACUUCAGAUUAA